GGCACUCCUCGUUUUUUCGGCCCUCCUUUUCUUUAGUCUUUCAUUCGCUUGACUGGAUUCGUCUCUCCACGGCACCCGGCAGAAGUACGGCUGGACCCUUUCAACUCGGACAUGAGAGGCGUUAAGUGUUAAAAAAUCGAUAAUUUGAGCUGUAAACAUUAUUUGUCGGUUGACUGACAAGUAUACGACUAAAUACAACAGUGAACGAAGCGGGGGAAACACCAAAAAGUGGAAGAGUUCGAACGUCGGCUUUAACGCCAAACUUCCCCUGGCGUUUUUAUAUAACAGUUAGAUAUUACGAGGAUUUGAGAACUAUGCAAACAAACUGGAUUAUGAAGAACGAACAAAACUGUACUGAUUGCCCUGAAUAACUGCGAGAUUACACCCACUUCCAUGCACCUUUGCUAAAUCCAUCUCAUCGGCUCACACCCUUGUGUUUCGCACUACUGCUAAAAGAUGUUGUCCAGGCUGAGCGAGUGGUUCUGGAACGAGAGGCUGUGGUUUCCAGGAGGCCUGGGUUGGGCCGACCUGGAGGAUCGUGACGGUGUCACUUACAGCAAGACAUCUGACCUCUGGGUGACCCUGCCCAUCGCCCUCGCCUUCCUCAUUAUACGACAGAUCUUUGAAAGGACCGUGGCCAUUCGAAUGGCCUCAGCUUUGGGUGUAAAGGAGAAAGUCCGAGUGAGAGUGGAGCACAACCCCACGCUGGAGUCGUUCUUCAGAAUCUCAAAUAAAAAUCCCCAACAGAGUGAAAUCGAGAGUUUAGGUAAAAAGACCGGGUACUCAGAGACCCAGAUCCACAGAUGGUUUAGGCGGCGAAGGAAUCAAGAGCGACCAAACAAGCUGAAGAAGUUUAAAGAGGCCAGUUGGAGAUUUACCUUUUACCUUCUUGCUUUCAUUGCUGGCCUUGCUGCACUUAUUGACAAACCUUGGUUCUAUGAAAUGAAGGAGAUGUGGACGGGGUUUCCAAUGCUGGAGCUGCUGCCUUCUCAGUACUGGUACUACAUGAUUGAACUAGGCUUUUACAUGUCGCUCCUCUUCAGCGUUGCAUCAGACAUCAAGCGAAAAGACUUUAAAGAACAAAUAGUGCACCACGUAGCCACCAUCCUGCUGAUUAGUUUCUCCUGGUGCGUGAACUACAUCAGAGCAGGAACCCUCAUUAUGCUGGUGCACGACGCCUCCGACUAUCUGCUGGAGUCUGCCAAAAUGUUUAACUAUGCCGGCUGGAGAAAAGCAUGCAACUACAUAUUCAUCGUAUUUGCUGUCGUCUUCAUGAUCACCAGACUUGUCAUCUUUCCAUUUUGGAUUUUGCACUGUACCUGGGUGUAUCCAGUGACCGUUUAUCCUCCGUUCUUUGGGUAUUACUUCUUUAACGGGCUGCUGUUUGUGCUGCAGUGUCUGCACAUCUUCUGGGCCAUACUCAUCCUGCGUAUGGCUGUCAAAUUCUUGCCAGGCAAUAAUAUCGUGGAGGACGAGAGGAGUGACCGAGAAGAAACGGACUCUGAGGAAGACGAGAGAGAGCAGGAGGGCAGGAAAGCGCCUAUGAAAAAUGGACCAGUGCAGAACGGCCACUCUCCUCUAAACAACAACCAUCACCGCAAGAAUGAGUGAUACGAGCAGAGACGAGAGGGAGGUACAACACUCCACUUCCUGUACACACGGACCAGACCAACAAACUCAUGCCAGGGGCGUUUGAUGGAUUGAAAAGGCCCAGAGCAAACACACACACAAUACAUUUAGAUACAUAUGUUAAUAAUUUUUUGGAAACGGACAUACUUUGAUAAGGAGGAAUGAUAUAACGUCUUUCCUCUUGAAAAUGAUUUAAAACACUAUUAGCAGUACCAUAUCAUUAAAAGAAACCCUUUAUUUUGUUCAGGGUCUGUCUAAAGUUAGUGAAUCCAGCGUUCACUUGCUUUACUGGAAAUAUUUCCUCCAAUUUAUUACUUGUUUAGUGCCUUAGUAGUACAAAGUUAUACUGCCGGUCAUACAUUUCUUUUUCUUUUUAUAUUUUGGGACAUCACACACACACUAUUAUCCUCCCUUUACUUGUCAGUAAUAAGAUUUUGCAUGUUUUGUCUGGUCAACUGUCAGAUUUCCCAGAAAGUUGCUGGUGACUGACUGGAAUUGUUUAGUUUUUGUGUUCACUAUAUAUAAUAAGUCUCACCAAGUGACCUUCACACACCUGCUUUACUGAGAAAACACACAUGACCUUCAUCAGAGGUGUGUUUACACUGCCGAGGGUCUUCCUCGCUGAUCUUUCCUCAAUCCAGUUGCACUAACAGAUGUUACUGACCCAGUCUUGCAACACUACCACCAUCUAGAGACGCAAAGACUCAAAUUUGUAUUGCCACGAUAUCCCGUUCCAUAGGCACUGAAUCACUGUGCUGAUUUUUACAUUUAACAUUUGUCUGUUGAGUUUGUAACGAAGCAACAAAUGUGUGUGACAAUCUCAUACCAUAUUUUUGUUUUGGUUGGCAUUUCUGUAAAAAAUGCAUUCUAAAAAUAUAUUCGUUACACAUUUAUUUUAAAUUUUUAUAUAUAUAUAUUUUUUUUCCUUUUUUUUUAAUUUAAGAUUAUUUUUAUUUAAGGUCCAGAUACUUUCAGCAAACCUGAUAAGCUGAUCAUUUAUGCAGUAUGUGAAAAAUGACUUCGUAAAAAGCAAAAAACAAAACAAAACAAAAAAAGUACUUGGCAGGAGAAUCUGUAGUUGAUGUUUUCCUCUUCCAUUGAAAUGAUAAAUAAUUACAGUAAUUAUCAGUAUUGAGUGCUGGAUGCACUUUGUAACUCUCCGUCUAAUGUAAAAUGCAUUAUAAUGAUUGUGUUGUUCGCACACUGUUUGACAUAAUUGAAACUCUGGCUUGCAUUUGUGCUAUUUAUGAGAAAUGGAUUGCAUACUUUAAAAAAAAAAAAAAGAAGAAAAAAAACACCUUCUGGAUUUGAUCCAGUAUGUACUGUUUGCCCAGGAGCUGCUGCUUUACAUGAGAUCAUUUUAAACCUUAAAGGGACAGUUGACCCAAAAAUAAACAUGGUCUCAUUCACUCACUCUCAUGUUGCUCCAAAACCUGUCCGCCUUUUCUUCUGUGGACAACAAAAGAAGAUAUUUUGCAAACCACAUUGGACCCCACUGACUUUAAUUGCAUGGACGAAACCGUUCUCAUGUUUGCAGAAGAAAGUCAUUACAGGUUUGCAAUGACAUGAGGGUGAAUAAAUGAUGACAGCAUGUUCAUUUUUGAGUCAGCUGACCCUUUAAGUGUCAUAUUCAACAGUAAGGUCAGCUAUAUCAUCUUACAUCAUGAUCUCUUAUUAUAAUUUCAGCGACAGGUUUACAGAUUUUGGUCCAGUAUUUGUUUUGUUCAUAUAUGAGUCAGUGUCGAUACAGGUGCUCAGCGUGUAAUGCAUUUUGCAAGUGGAACGGGACAUCUGGAUUGACUUUACGGAGUUAUUUUAAGUUUCCAAAUGUUGUCACAAGUGCCUUAUUUGUAAAUGUGUAUUUGUGUCGUUUCUAUGUGUGCUUGUUGUCCUUGUGCUCCUCACCUCAUGGCCUUUAGAUUUUAAGCUGAACUAUCUUCCUGUCUCUCUCACCUUCUCUGUUUACAUCCAUUCACCAUCUUCUCUCCUCGCGGCCUGGUGCCAAGACCAGUUCUUCCCCCUCACCGUGUCCCGUCGACCGUGGGUCCACCGCACAAACAAACAAUUUGAUCCAUGUCCAAAUUGCCUGUUUUAUGUUGUAUCUUGUAUCAUCAUUAUUCAGUGAUGAAAGAUAAAGAUUUUUGUGGAUGACCA